AUGUCCACCAUUAUCAAAGAUGUCCCUGCGUCCGAUCCUCGCUUUAUCGCCAUCAAGAAAGACAUCGCUGCUUCGCACUCUGCGUUCGAGGAGCAGAUCACCAAGGCAUGGGCUGAAAUCAUCGCAGAAUUAGACGAAGUCACGAAAGCGAUAGCCUCCCAGGGAUCCUCGUAUAUACCCGAGAUCAGGUUCUCGGACCUAGCUGACCUUGACCCGGAACGUGUCGAAGAAGUGCGGGCGAAAGGAUGCGUAGUCCUCCGCGAUCUCGUUGACGAUGGCGAGGCCAACAAGUGGAAGGACGAUUUGAAAUAUUUCGUCAAAAUCAACCCAGGCGUUGAAGUUCAUCCUCCUAACAAUCCCAUCUUCUACGAGUUAUAUUGGACUAAGCCGCAAUUGGCGGCCAGGUCGCAUCCCAACAUGCUUGCGGCCAGCACCUGGUUCAACAGCCUUUUCCACUCCAAGUCGGGCCAGAAUAUCGGCGGUGUUGACAUGUCGGCACCGCUAACCUACGCCGACCGCGUACGUAUUCGUCCGCCAGGUCGUUGGCCUAGUGCCCUUCCGCCCCAUGUUGAUGGAGCUACGCUCGAACGUUGGGAGGAGCCAAAUAUGAGAGUAUGUUUCAAGGACAUCCUGUCCGGUGAUUGGCGCUCCCAUGAUCCUUACGAUCUUGACGGUCGUUUGGAGGCCAUGACAUCACUUUAUAACCGACCCAACCAAUGUAGCGUGUUUAGAACAUUUCAAGGCUGGCUCUCUAUGAGUGACACUGGGCCGAGGGAAGGCACUAUCAAGAUGUUCCCCAAUGUCAAAGUAGCCAAUGCUUACACCAUGCUUCGUCCCUUCUUCCGGCCACUCAUACCGGUUGAUUCCCCGGACAUUUGGGACACAAAGAACUGGAUUUAUGAUGUCGAGUCUCCUGAGUUUCCUGGAAUCAUCGACCUCGACGGCGGAUAUUACCAGAGGCCAACUACUAAGGCUCACCCUCACUUAAGGCUUGAGCAGACCUUAACAUCUGCCCCAGCUGUCAAGCCUGGAGAUGCCGUGUUUUGGCAUUGUGAUGUCAUCCAUGCUGUGGAAGUGGAACACGAAGGAACACAAGAUUCUGCAGUUAUGUAUAUUCCCGCUGUUCCCACUACACCUAGGAACGAAGCCUACGUGAAGGCGCAAUACGAGCGCUUCCUCGAGGGAAUACGUCCGUCAGACUUUCCGCAGGGGCCUUCUGAACGACGGUUUAUCGGUAUCGGCACUCCUGAGGAUAUAGUUGGUUCAAGUGGACGCAGGGCAAUGGCAAUCCCAGUGUAG